CAUCACUUUGUGUCGCUGGAUGAUGACGUACUUCUAGGCCUUUGAACGCCAUGGCCGCUCAUGCUAGCGAGCUUGAGAUUGCAAAGAAAAAUUUAACUGAUGCAAUUGGCGAUAAUGUCAAGCAUUACUGGGCGAACCUGAAGCUAUGGUUCAAACAAAAGAUCAGCAAGGAGGAGUUUGACGUUGAGGCACGUCGUCUGUUGGCACAGGAGAAUGUCCAUGUUCACAAUGAUUUUCUCCUGGCCAUUCUCACACGCUGCCAGAUCAUUGUCUCCACACCAGAUGGCGCAGGACCCUUACAGUGGCAAAGUGGCUCUGCUUCAAAGCCUGGCAAACCAAAAGGGAAGAAGAAAUGUUCCUCUAGACAGAAAUUUGAUCAUCGUUUCCAGCCACAGAACCCUCUGAGUGCCGCUCAGCCUUUCAGCCCCCGGGAGGUGGGAGGUGAGGAGGAGGAGCUGCGUCUCAGUGCCCACACUCUGCUGUUGCCCACGCGGGGCCAGCUGGAGGCCCGCAUGAUGGUGACGGCAUUUGAGCUGGGACUGGAUAACAUCACAGAAGAUGCCGUUGGCAGCAUGAUCUAUGCUGUUGAGCACCACUUGAAAGACGUCCUGACUGCUGUCAUCACCCGGAGGAAGGCGUAUAGGUUACGAGAUGGUCGCUUCCUCUACGCCUUUGGCAGUGAUGUCACACUGCAGCCUUAUCUGAAAAACAGCCUGGCUGCUUACCACAGUGUUACUGAAUGUCCCCCUCCAAGUGCUUCUCUCCCUGCAGGCCCACCACCUCAGGUGUCACCUGAUGAGGCCGAGCAACGAGCUGUUCACCUAUUGGCUUGUUCUGCUGACAGUCUCCCCGCACCCCUCCCUCCAAUCAGCAUGUUUGAUCUCCUGGAGGCUUUACAGGUUCACCACAGUGUGAUGCCCUCCCACACUGUGUAUGCCCUGAACAUGGAGCGCAUCCUGUCACGGCUCUGGCACCCCAGCCACGAAGAACUAGAGCAGGACCACGUACACCGGCAGCGCCUCGCUGCGAAAGAGCGCAUGCUCGUCAGCUGAGAACCACUGAUGCAGGACUGUGUGUGGACUGCAGCUAUCAUCGGGAACCAAACAAAUGAUCCCCACAGGGAACAGCCUGUCCAAAAAAACUGAAUACUGUUUUUUUGGGUUUUUUUUUUAUACUACCUGUGAAAUCUCAUCCCCAUUGCACAAAGAGAUAAAGCAUAAAUGGAGCGAGAUGAAACUAAACAGUUGGACAGUGGACACCGAGUGGGUAGUCAACUCUAGCCAAUAGCUGGCAAAUUAUUUUUGUGUUCCACAGGCCAUUGUGGCAAUUGACCAACCAACGUUUGGAACUUCUGUUAUAUAGUGAGAAGAUAAUUUAGUUUUGGUAUAUACCAGCAGCUAUGAACACUGGACAGGAAAAUAAGGGUCUUAUUAGGCCAGAUUGUACAGUGUUAAUGUUUCAGUGUCAGAUUUGCACCACAGAACAGUCAAUGUCUAACCAUGUGGCAUUGUGAACAUGACCAGCUAGCGAAGAUUA